AUGAUGAGUUUAUACAGACCUCCGGCGAGGACGACACCAAUCGUUCAAAAGUCAGCGGAGAGGCGGACGCCACUGAAUACUCCGCCGACGGGCGCACAGAUCGAUAGCACGAAGAACAGUCCCGGAGGAGAAGGAGUUUUGCAGACGUUUUUCAAUAGUCUAUUAAGUCGUAAAUCUGGUGGUUCUCCAGGUAUGGGAUCUCCGCGAACGCCAAACACGAUGGCCGACAACCUGACGGCCGCCAACGUUCACGCGGAGUUGGACCGUAUGAUCGGCAGUAAUAGGAUUGCCAGCAAUAGCUCGACGCCAACGCAUAACCUAAACGUCUCCACGUCUUCAGAGCAAUGAUUUUUCAUGAAAUGUUAGGUUUUGAUAAUUAUAUAAAUAUAUA